AUGUCGUUCCCCACAGAAAAGUCCCCCCAGAUUCUAGAUGCGACAGAGACCCCGGACAUUGAGCGCUCAAAAGAGUCUUUGGCGCAGGUUCCGGGUGCAGAGCCAGUGCGUCAGAAAUGGUAUGAGUGGUUCGCGCCCACGGACACGCCGGCGGAACGACGCCUGAUCCUCAAACUAGAUGGAUUGAUCAUCGUGUUUGUGUUCCUGGCGUACUGGGCGAAGGUCCUGGAUUCGUCGGCCACGAGUACCGCAUAUGUGAGCGGUAUGAAGGAGGAUCUUGAGAUUGUCGGGUUUAUUGUUAUGCAGAUUCCGUUGACUCUGCUGAUGACGCGCUGUCCGGUGAACUACUUCUUACCUGCGGCUGAUUUAUUGUGGGGUGCCUUCACACUUGCGCAGUAUAAAGUUAGCACUGUCACUCAACUCUAUGCGCUGCGCUUCUUUGUGGGAGCCCUCGGGGGUUUCUUCUUCCCUGCUGUACAGUGGUAUCUGGGAUGCUGGUACAAACGAUCAGAGUUGUCUCGCAGGGGCGCUAUCUUCUUCAUUGCCAGCCAAGUCGGCAGCAUGAGCUCUGGGUAUAUCCAAGCUGGAGCUUAUGAUUCACUAAAUGGCCGGUUUGGAUUAGAGGGCUGGAGAUGGCUGUAUAUCAUCUGUUUCGCAUGCACGGUGCCAAUUGCUUUCCUCGGUCUUUGCCUUUUGCCUAGUACCCCUGACAAGUGCAAUUCCCGAUUUUUAACCUCGGAAGAGAUCCGCCUCGCACAAGAGCGCAUGGCAUCUGAAAACCGAGAAGCCCGUCAACCUUUUACCUGGCCUGGAAUCGUUAAGAUUCUCAAAGGCUGGCGACUAUGGGUGCUAGUCGCGUUUGCCUUCUUUUUCAGUCAAGCCGAUGGAGUAUCCUCAAAUAGUGGCCUAUCGCUGUGGCUUAAGGCAGAAGGUUAUUCUGUGGGGAAAAUCGACACCAUUACUACAGUCUCACCUGCCGUCACAAUUAUUGCUUCUGUGAUCUGUGCCGUAUUAUCAGACAUCUACGACGCAAAGGCAAGCUUGAUCGCGAUAACCGCGGUAUUGAACAUAUUUGCUUGUGUGGUUCUCGCGAUUUGGAAGGUGCCUGACGGAUUAAAGUUCUUUGCUUUUUUCCUCUCCGGCACGGCUGACGGGAUUGCGGCGAUUAUCUAUGCCUGGGCCAAUGAAAUCUGUGCUCAUAACGCCGAAGAACGUGCGUUGGUGAUCAGUGCCAUGAAUACGAUUGGCAAUACCUUCGGGGCAUGGAUUCCUCUCUUUGUCUGGAAGACUGUGGAUGCUCCAAGAUACCUCAUUGGGUAUAACUGGACGAUCGCACUUGACGUAUGCAUGUUGAUCAUGCUGGCAGUGCUGUAUCAUUUCUGGACCCGAGAGCAGAAGCGGACUCUUGUCUAG